AUGGCCAUCUCCCCCCUGCCCACCUCCUCGCCCGUAACACUGGACACGCUGAAAGACGCGAAGAACAGCGUGAUCGGCAACCCGACGGCCAAAGUGGCACUAGCGCAGAGCCCCGCCUUCGUCGCCGCACUGGUAGAGGCGCUGAACGCGGACGUGGACGAGCAAAUUAAGAUCGAAGCGGCCCAAGUGCUCUCCUCCCUCUCAUUCGGCCCCGAACGCGCCCUCGCAUCUCUCCUCAGCGCCAACACGCACCACGCGCUCCUCUACGCCCUCUCGCACCCCUCCACCCUCGCCUCCCCUCAACUCCGCGCGGCGUACACCCGCACGCUGCGCGUCCUGGCCGGCGCGUGCGCGGAUAUUGUGGGCCCGAGCCUGUGGGGCGUCAAGGAGCACGAGUCGGUGUAUAGGGACGAGGCGCGGGGGGUGCUGGAUUGGCUUUAUCAGCGCGACGCCCUGGACAUCUUCCUUCCCCUCCUCCUCGACCCCUCCCCCGCCGUAUGCACUUCAAUAUGCCUAACCCUCUCCACAUCGCUGCGCAUCCCCCCGCACCGCGCGGCCGUAACAGACUGGGUCCCGCCGCUCGACCGCGCAAAAGAGGCCUCCAAACCCCGGCGCGGGUGGGAGCGGCCCGAUUCUUCUUCAAGCGUUAGACAAGGGGGCGGGUGGGUCGUGCGGACGCUGUGCGAAUUAAUCAGAGGGAAGGGCAGGGACGCGAAGGGAGUCGAGGCGGGGCUGUUGGCGCUUGCGGCG